AUGACUUUAAUUCAUUCUGUUGCCACUGAUGGUACUCAUAUUUUCUAUAGUCAACAAACUCAAAGAUAUCUUAUUUUAACAUCUGGAGGAGGAGUUGAGAUUUCUAAUAGUAUUCCAAUUGUUUAUAAGAAUUUAACUAAUAAUAAAGAAAUUUCAAUUAUUAUUGGUACCAUUAGAUUAAAAUUUGGAUAUUAUGUUAUUAUUGGUAGAAGUCAUCAAAUUACUGGAUCUAUUUUAGGUAAUGAUAUUGCAACUAUUCAAGAUUUUGAAAUUUUACCAAUUGGAAUUAAUGAAUUGAGUAAGAAAAAUAAUGAAGAAUUACAAUAUUUAAAAUUAUUAAAUAUUCAUUUAACUAAUGCUACAUUGUUUUAUUCAAUUGAUAAUAAAUAUGAUUUAACCAAUUCAUUACAAAGACAAUUUACUACUUCAAAUUUACAAUUGGAUGAUAGAUUUUUUUGGAAUAAAUAUUUAGUUGAAGAUUUAAUUAAAUCUACAGGAAGUGUUAAAAAUGAAUUUAUAACUCCAUUAAUAUAUGGAUAUUUUAAAAGUCAUAAUGCUUAUUUUAAUGGGAAAAUUUUAGAAUUUGCUUUAUUAACAAGAAGAUCAGUUUCAAGAGCUGGUACAAGAUAUUUUAGAAGAGGUAUUGAUAUUGAUGGUAAUGUAGCAAAUUUUAAUGAAACUGAACAAUUUUUCACAAGUGAUGAUAAACAUAUUUUUUCAAUUUUACAAACUAGAGGUUCGGUUCCUGUUUAUUGGGCAGAAAUUAAUAAUUUAAAAUAUAAACCAAAUUUAGUUAUUAGUACUCAAUCAAGUUUAGAUGCAACUGCUAAACAUUUUAAACAACAAGUUGAAUUAUAUGGAGAUAAUUAUUUGGUUAAUUUAGUUAAUCAAAAAGGUUAUGAAAAACCAGUUAAAGAAGCUUAUGAAAAUGCUGUUGAUAAUUUACCUAAUGAAUUAUCUAAACAUGUUAAUUAUAUUUAUUUUGAUUUUCAUCAUGAAUGUAAAGGUAUGAAAUAUCAUAGAAUUAAUUUAUUAUUGGAUCAUUUAAUUUCAUUGGGUUAUACAUCAGAUAAUUAUUUUGAAUAUGAUUUGCAAAAUUCAACUAUUGUUAAAUUACAAAAUAAAAUUGUCCGUACCAAUUGUAUGGAUUGUUUAGAUCGUACUAAUGUUGUUCAAUCAACUAUAGGUAGAUGGGUUUUACAAAAUCAAUUAUCCGAAACUAAUUAUUUACCAUCUCCAGCAACCACGCCAUUUGAAAGAAUCGAUAAGAAAUUUAAUUUAUUUUUCCAAAACUUUUGGGCUGAUAAUGCUGAUGCUGUUAGUUGUGCUUAUUCAGGUACUGGUGCAUUGAAAACUGAUUUUACAAGAUUAGGUAAACGUACUUAUAAGGGAGGUUUAAAUGAUUUAAUUAAUUCAAUUUCAAGAUAUUAUAAAAAUAAUUUAACUGAUGGUUCAAGACAAGAUUCUUAUGAUUUAUUUUUAGGUAAAUUUAAACCAUUUCAAGAUUCAAUUAAAUCUCCAUUUAUUGAUAAACGUCCUCCUUUUAUUCAAUUAUUACCUUAUCUAUUAGGUACUAGUUUAUUGAUUUUAUUGGCAGUUCUAGUUUAUCCAAAAGGUGGUUCAAUUUUCCAAACUAAAAAUUUAAUUGUUAUUACUUUAUGUUUAAUGUUUAGUACUAGAAAUUGGUUAUAUUUAAUUAAUCAUGGUUAUCAAUUUGUUGACUGGCCAAGAUUAAUCAAUUUGGAUUUCUUGAGAAAAGAUGAUAUUGUUGAUACUUCAUCUGGUAAAAUCAUUGGGGUUAAUUUUGAUGAAACUGAAAAUUUCAAAGUUUACAACAAAAAGAGAAACUAA